AUGCUGAGGCAAUCUGCAUUAGUCCCUAGAGCGGCGUGCCGAUCAAGAUUAUAUCGUACUGCGGCCCCUCUGGCUAAAUCGGUACCAAGAUCACUAUUGCAACGGCAAGCCAAAAGAAGAGGAGAUAUAGAAUCAUCUGCGUCAUCGCAGCUCAUUGUAACGUCUUUUAAGGAUAUAUUUGCGUUUUUCAAUCCGUCAGGUCACUCACAGGAAGAUGAAGAUACGGAGUUGGCCCAGAACAGGGAAGCGGUCAUUGAUAGAAUAGAGCAAGGCGAACUGCGAAAUUUGUACCUGCAAAGGUUUUCAGCGAUUCCAAUAGCAGCACCAAGUGGAUCUAAGGAUUUGGUUGGUGAUCUAAGGAUUCCCACACAAAGCCUGCUGCAAGUUUUUCCACAACUAUCACAGCAAGACAGAGAAAUGAUCGAGGUUUCGCUAACUAUGAUCCCGCCAUCCAAAGACUGGAGGGAAAUUUCACCAGUACAAAAGCAAAUGUUGUUCUAUAUGGGUUACGGAUCGCAUGGUCCUAGGAGUGACCUUACUUUCGAAAGGUCCAAACCCGAGGAUUUUACCUGGCAAGGCCGUGCAAAAGUCGGACUUCCAGGCCAAAGGAUCCACAGACUACCGAAAACGCAAACUACAGACGUUUGGACAUGUACACCGUCAAGAAAAACUUUAUUGGAUAGUAUGACCAGACGGUUAGAUCCAGGGACAUUGUCAGUGGCGUUGAUUGGACUCAUUGUUGCAGUGUGUGCAACUUUUAAAGAAUAUCGGCAACGACAGGAUGACGAGGCUGUCGCGGAAUUGGCUAAAUUUGAAGAGGUCGAAACUCUUAAGGCUUCUGACUAA